AUGUCGUUCAUUACGAUUCACUUUGGAGACAACCAGAAAUUAUUUUUCAACCUCCUCUGUCCAACUGUCAUUUUAUAUAAAAACAUCAAACUGAGAUGCGGGUGCGAAAAACAAGCUGUUAUAGACAUCGCGGAUGAAAAUGGUUCUCUGAAAACCAUUUAUGAAAGACCACCGGAUCAAUAUGCGUCCCAAUAUCUUCAAGGGAGAGCAAACUUUGUGUUACUAAAAGUUUUAAAAAAGAUUGAUGCCAUCAGUGGAAAGGAAGUUUCUUCAUUUGAGCCACUUUUGAAUAAUGUGACAGAAGUGUAUCCUGAUUUGAUGGCUAAAGUGCACAAUUACAGAAUCAACCCAGAUGUAGGUCUUCCAAUUCAAAGCUUUAAUCAGAUUCCUCUCAUGAAAAGUUCCCAACAAGCACGAUCCAAGUCUACUGCCAGAGGAUUAGGAGGACCAAGCAUAUCGCCAAGAUCUCCAGCAAGCCGUGCAGGAUCAGUUGGUGGUGUUGGGUUACCAAGUGUUACCAAAAUUAAGAGCUCUGUUAAAGUAUCAAAGUAG